CAGCAGCAACUCCUCGCCAGGGCUGAACCUCAGCAGAGAUAGCAGCAAGCAGGCACUUCAACGCCGCGCAGGCUAACUCGCUUUCGGCUUUGGUUCGAGAUGGAGACUCGCUGCAUCAUGAGGCGCUCCAGAGCGCGCAACAUUAAAGGUGGACUCUCUCUGUGGCUGAUUCUGUGGCUGGUGGUGUUGAAGCCGGGCGGGCUGUCUGCAUGCCCUCGACUGUGUGUAUGUUACCCUACGCCCAUGACGGUCAGCUGCCAGUCUCAGAACCUUACCAUAGUGCCGGCCGGUGUGCCAUAUGACUCGCAGCGUGUUUUCCUGCAGAACAACCGUAUCACAGAGCUGCGUGCAGACUCUUUUGGCUUUGAGACACAGGUGCUUUGGUUAUAUGGCAACAACAUCACAUGGAUUGAAGCCGGGGCCUUCAGUAACCUCAGGGUGCUGGAGGAGCUGGAUCUGGGCGAUAAUCCACUACAGCGUCUGGAAGGUGGCGCCUUCAGGGGAUUGGAGAAGCUGCAGAGCCUGCACAUGCAUCGCUGCAAGCUGGCUGCUCUCCCCCAUGACCUCUUCCACAAGCUGUACAGCCUGCAGUUUCUCUACCUGCAGGAGAAUCAGCUCCACUUUCUGCAAGAUGACCUGUUCUCAGAUCUGGUCAACCUAUCCCAUCUCUUCCUGCAUGGAAACCGCAUCCGUGCUCUCUCUGAGAACGUGUUCAGAGGUCUGGUCAACCUGGACCGCCUUCUUCUCCACGACAACCGCGUCAGGCAAGUCAACCGUCGGGCUUUCCGUGACCUGGGUCGCCUGACCAUCCUUUACCUGUUCAAUAACUCCCUCGCCGAGCUGCCUGGCCAGGCGAUGAGAGACACCCAGGGCAUCCAAUUCCUCCGCCUCAACGGUAACCCUUGGUCCUGUGGCUGUGAGGCUCGUCCCCUCUGGGAGUGGUUCCGCAAGGCCCGCAUCUCCUCCUCAGAGCUCAUGUGCACCUCCCCAUCACAACGUCGUGGCCAAGACCUCAGAUUCCUCCGGGAGAUGGACUUCGCCCUCUGCCCUAUUCCUGACCCUGGCUCAAUGGCAGGAACCACCACUACCACCUUCAGCACCAAGACCCGCUGGUGGUUCUCCAAGAACAAGCCUGCAUCUUCAUCCAAGACCUCGUACCAGAAGAACAUCGAAGGGGGAAAGCCUCAGUACCCUCCCAAGAACCCAGCAGAAACCGCCUCCAAGUAUGAACUUUCAGAUGACGAGGUGGCUCUCCCCAAGCUGGACCAAGAAGAAUACUGGGCCAACUAUGGCAAUGAAGACGCCUCCAUCCGCUGUUUCGACCUGGAGUGCCCCCCAGGCUUUGACAAUCCAGCCUUCCCCUCGUCCUCCUCCUUUCCCAGCCUGCCAUCCCUCCUCCACCUUCUCUCCCUCUCCAUAGUAUCAUUCUCUCUACAUUUUGUUUUUGGCUGAACUCUCACUUCACCACUCACUUUUUCCUUUCUGAUUUCUCCCCUUGCUCUUUCCACCUAUAACAAAAACCUGGAUCAUGAUUCCUUUCAGUAACCUCCUAAACUCGCAGGAGGUGCCACGCUGAUGCAGGGGACAGGCAAGACAGCAGGGAGCAGCUCCAAAGAGCAAAGGUCUGUUGAGUUGAUGUAGAGCAGGACAUGAUUUCCCUGUUGAAGUAGCUGCUGCUUACUAGUACUGGUUUAAAAAGCAGGGUUCAGAUCAUUGAAACCGACUCCGACAGUGACAGUACAAAGGCAGUAACCUACAACAACAUAAAGAAAUGAUAGAGACAGAACAGGUAGACAGCUGGUGGUGUCUCCAGAUGUUUUUUGAUAUCACAGCUGUUAACAACGCAGGCGUUGUGACUCGUCAACAGCUAUUUUCUAUAUCAGCAAGUGCUCACAUAUCACUCGCAGCGAACAUUGUCCCUCACUAACUCAUUCCUUGCAACAUGAAUAAAACUGGUAAUUUAUUAUGCCAGAAGUAGGAAAGAUAUCUGAAUUUAUACAGAAAAUGACAAUCAAAAGAAACAGUUAAAGGGUGUUAGACAUAAUCGAUAAAAGUGAGCUUAAGUUAUUCAUCUUAAGGCAGAACAAGAUGACAGGAUAGUAAGAACUGCAUCCAAGAGCGGCUCUCUCUCUCUCCUUCAGAUUCAAAACUUUUGAUCGCGGAGAGGCCAGCAAAUCAUCACUGCCCACACUUGUAAAUACCACUCAUAACUGUACAUACAUGCAUCCAAAACCGCUCUGCAUUUUAUACCAGCUGAGUAUCAUUCCGUGAAUGGCAGCUUGUGGCGAUAGAAGAGAAACUUUGAUUGAAUGUAAAUGAAAGUCAAACAAAUGAAACGCUGUAAUGACUUUUGUGGCCCCUAUGUUUUCGAGUCUUGUCUUGUCUUCUCACAGACAACCUAAAAAUGUUGUGCUGCAGAUAUAUAUUUUUGGUGCGUGAUCUAGUUUUUGUUGUCUGUUGUAAACGUACAAACAAAGUCCUGAGGAGAACAGUUUGACUUUUUUCUCUCUUCUUAAAAUGAGUGCCUGUGUGUAUGUACACAAAUAUGGCCUUUGUCUGUUUGUUAGUUGACACAGAGUAAGGUAAAAACAACCCCAGGUCUAAUCCCUACACAACCCUUUGUGUUGUUUGAAGCCUCAGGUCUUUGUGCUUUGGCUGGCUCCUGUUACAUUACACAUUGACCUGCAAUUGAUCUCUGUCAGUGUUUAUGUUUGCCUAAUGUAUGAGGAUGAACUUGGAUUGAAAUUUGAAAAACUGUUUUAUGCACAUGUCACACUAAAUAAAAAAUGGAUAGCUUCCAAAAAUACAUGGGAAUUUAUGCCUGUUUUCUCUAACACCUAAAUAUAAGGAUUUCACAUGAUUUUAGUGUGAUAUUUGUUUUGUAGGACCAUAAAGAAACAUUGAUGACAAUCAAACUGUCAUCCCUAAAUUAAUCUCAUGUAUUAGAACCUCCUAAAUGAACCUUUUUUAACCCACGGUGUGUUUUUGGAUACCAGAAUCUGUUCAACACAAUACCAAUCCAACCUGGUAGUGAUUCAAAUUAUUUCUCGAUUUCCUGUCAACCCUUAAUGUUAGUGUGUCCAUACCAUUCAACCGGAAAAAUAACUGUGGGUUUCUUCAAAUAACAUGAAGGGAUACUUUGAUGCUUUAAGAUUCUGUAUUUUUCAAUGGGACAAUGUUUUAUGAAAGUGUUUUGCUUUAUUAAAAAAUAAAGGAACAAUCAAACAGAA